AUGAGCAGGAACAACAAGGACGGACCGCGAGGGAAAGGUAUGAAUGAAAACAUGUCAAGAACUAUGCGGCUCGCCAGGAACACCAACGAGGAAGUUCAACGGGCCAUUGAAGGUCUCAAGGACAUGCCUGAUGAUGAGCUACAUGAAUUUCUCGAUGAAGAUUUUAUGGAAGGACUUAACGUCGUUGAUGCUUGGGACGGUGAAGAAGACGUUGUUGAUGACUUUCAUAGCAGAGACAACAGAGAUAAAGAUAAUAGAAGAAACUCUAGUAGUGAGAUAAAUAAUUUUAGGGAUCGAAAUCGUCGAGAUUACCGAGAUUCAGGGCGCAACAUUCGGGAUAAUCGAGACCGAGACCGAGACCGGGACCGGGAUCGGGACCGGGACCGGGACCGGGACCGAGGAAAGCGCGACGAAAGAAGACGUGAAGAUAGACGUGAUCCAUCGAAGAGUUCUCAAGACAUCGAACGAGACAAGAUUCGCGCGAAGAGAGUUAAUGAAAGUAAAAUACUUGCGGAAAAGGAGAAGGCUAUAAAGCACUUACUGGAUUCAGGGACUGUAGUACCUCCAGGAACUGAAGUCGAAACCAUCGAGAAUGAGAAGCAAAUGGACCGAGAACGUGAUCGGGAGCAUGAUCGUGAACAACGAUCUCAUAGGAGCAGAGAUCGUCGUCGUAGUUUGGAUCGACAUCGACUUAGUCCACCACGACGAAGAAGCCACGACAGGAAUAAAUUAAGUCCUCCGCGUAGAUCAAGAACUCCUUUGGGUGGUAAUUCACGAAGAAGUAUCGAUCGUCACAGAAGACCGAGUUGGGAACAUCACGGCAGUUCGGAACGUGAUAGACGUGAUAGGCGAUCAAGCCUUGAUCGUGGACGUCGACGUUUGGAUGAGCGUGACGUAAGGAUGGUAGGCAGACGAAGUAGAUCCCGAGAUCGUCAACGAAGUCGCAGUCAAGAUCGUUUUCGUCGACGCUGGAGCCGAUCACCAGGAGGAAGACGAAACAGCCCAAGACGUCGAUCUAUGAGUAAAUCACCUGAGCAUCGUAGAAAACGUACGCCAUUUAUUGAAGCGUUAGCUCGGCAGUUUAGAGAUACUCCUAUCGUGAACCCGGAAUCAAUUAAUCAGGGAUACAUACAUCCGCCUUUAAGAGGAAUUCAAUCUCAGCAACAGCAGCAGCAAUCUUUGUUAGGACCAGGACCAGGACCGGGACAAGGACAUCCCCAAAUUUCUGGACCACCUCAACACUACAUGGCAAUGCAAGAAUCUCUUCCACCGAUGAAUCCUUCGUACAUUCCAUACGAUAAUGUGGCCCCUGCUGGAUCUUCCAUGAAUUUUGAACAAUUGCCUAUGCAUUCUAUUUCCCAACCUGAUUACACAGCUCCUGCUGUGAUGUACAAUCAAUCCAACCCCGUUCCAAUUCACAAUACUCCUUCUCGUUCAGCAUUUGUACCAGUUAUAUCGCGGUCACCUCAACCAGUACCGGCACCACCAAUGGAUCAAUCAAUGUUAUUUCAUCAACAAGUAUCAACACCGAUGCGAGCAUCACCUUCACCCCAACCUGAACGAAUUGACUCAGGACAUCAUGUAUAUUCAGAACACUCUUCAGCCUAUACUGGAGGACACUCUUCAUCGCGUCGAGACCGUUUGAAGACACCUGAGCCACCUGUCAUCUCCAAAUCAAAACAGUUUGAAAAGACCAGUUUGUCCAGUCUGUUGGAAGCCUCGGUGUCUGCGAAAGAUACCGGUCAUCCAGUCCUAUAUCCAGGAUUCAAACCUGAAAUUUUACGUCAUUGUGAGCUGGCCUUGCGUGAUUUACCCGACGAAGAUCCACGUUUAAAAAUCAAAGGUCGUUUCUUCUUCGAUUCAAGCAAGGAUGAACCACUAACUGAAUCAUCCGAACUCGAAUCAAAUUCUGUUUUGUUACAAAAACAUUCAAGCAAAAAAUUGUGGUACGAUGUUAAAGCAAAAGUACUAGAGGAAAUAAAACCGUCUGUGGAGGUCCAUCAAAAAUAUUGUCAAACAGACGUAAAAGAGUUUAAUGAUCAAUAUACACAGACGGAAAUUGAAACGAUUGAUUUUGGUGUACAAGUACAUAUCAGUGAACCACCACCACCACCACCACCGCGUGAAGAAAAAAUACCAAUCAUGGAACGUUUGGAUUGGAAUGUACGUGAAUCAUAUGAUUAUAAUUCAAAGCCACGAGAAGUUAAUGACUUACGAUGGAGCUUGAGUAAUUCAUCACAGAAGAGAUGGAAUCGUGGUGUUUCGCCAUCAUCACAAGACCAAGAUGAUCGUAUUAUGUUGUCUAGCCCCAGUCGCUUGUCGCACCAGGAUCACGAUUCCAGAGAAUACAUCCAUCGAAUUCAAUCACCAAUACGUCAUACUGAUAGUUAUUCGUCAACUCGUGGUCGAAAUCAUCGGAGUUUUUCACCACGUGAACGUCAUUUUUCUCCGGACUUUCGACAAGAUUCUUAUCAUGAGAAUAGAAAUGAACGCAGCCGUGAACCAAGUCCCAUUAUGCUUGAUGAUCAUGAUGAUGUUGAAAUUUUAGAACAAGAGCCAUUUUCACAUGAUCCCAAUUGGCGGGGACGCAAUAGUAAAUCAUUUGGACAGAAUCCACCUGUUCAUAAAUCAAGAUCAGCACGAGGCAAACAUUCAAGUGGUAGAUCAUUUCGGGGACGAGGUGGCGGAGGCAGUAGUAGCUAUCGUGGAAAAUAUUAA